AUGGAUCGACCUAUUGGUAUGGGUGGACACUUCAUGAGUGUAUUCAAAGACGACAAGUGGCUUCAAUGGCGCAUGGUGCCUUUCAUCUUGAUCUGGGCUGCUUUUGGGGUUUUGUUACUGAUAUGGAUAUUCGUAACGCUCUUCGUGCCCAACCCACGCAAACCCCACCCCUCAGAGAAGACAUUCACAACGGUGGAUAAGACGGGUGAUGUGACGGACCCAGAACCGUUGCCGUGCUGGUACGAUGAAGUUCUACGAAAACACGUCAAGGCGAUGCAGGAAGAUCCGGAGAAGGAAAUCGACUUGGAGAAGGAGAUUGAGCCGGCUGAGUUGUUCGUGACGCUGGUCAUUCCCGCGUUUAAUGAGGAGGACAGAUUGACGGGCAUUUUGGAGGAGGCGGUGAAUUUCCUCGAGACAGAGUAUGGGACAUCGUCCACGUCGUUGAAGGCAGACAACGAAGCGGGAGAAGCACAGACUCAGGGACCUCGGCGCAGGAAAGGCAACGGCGAUACUACCUCUUCGCCGUCUAAGCAACAACAAGACCGCUUUCAAGGCUGGGAAAUCCUCCUCAUCGACGACGGUUCCACAGACGACACCAUCCUCACCGCCCAAACCUUCUCUCGCAAACAUAUCCUCCAUCCCCACCCCCGCCGUGAUUCUGGUCCCUGGACCCAUCGCUCCGCGACCGGUGUCAAAAUCCCCCCGGGGUCGAUCCGGAUGGUCUCCCUCGAAGAAAACCGCGGCAAGGGCGGCGCCGUGACGCACGGCAUGCGCCAUGCCCGAGGUCAAUACGUCGUCUUCGCUGACGCGGAUGGGGCGUCCAAGUUCUCUGACCUCGAGAAAUUAGUGAGGACGUGUCAGGAGAUAGAAGACGCCGAGGGCAGGGGGAUCGCCGUCGGGUCGAGGGCACACCUGGUCGAUUCGGAAGUGGUGGUCAAGCGGUCGAAACUGCGGAACUUCCUCAUGCGUUGCUUCCACAUGUUGCUGUGGGUGAUGUCACCUCCGGCCACGGCCCGGAUCAAGGACACGCAGUGCGGCUUCAAGCUCUUUUCGCGGGCGACGUUGCCGUACAUUGUCCCGCACAUGCACAUGGAAGGCUGGAUCUUUGAUGUUGAAAUGCUCAUGCUGGCCGAGUUUGCGAAUAUCCCCGUGGCCGAGGUGGCCGUGGGCUGGAGGGAGGUCACGGGCAGCAAAUUGAAUCUGGUGAGAGAUGCCCUAGGCAUGGCGUGGGGACUGGCAAUAUUGAGGUUUUGCUGGGGGACAGGGAUCUUUAGACGGUGA